ACAGACUUAUUAUGAUUUUGUUGUUUCCGUUGACCAUUUUCAUUUUUACGACCUAUUAACUUCCGGCUGAGAAUCACCUUUGGCAUAAACAAGAGGAGAAGAAUGGUUUGCGAAAAGUGUCAAAAGAAACUUGGAAAAGUGAUCACACCAGACCCAUGGAAGUCCGGAGCCAGAAAUACAACUGAGGGUGGAGGUCGAGUGGUUGGUGAAAACAAAGCACUAACAGCCAAAAAGAACAGGUUCAACCCCUAUUCAUCAGGAUCCUUUGAGAAAUGCAGAGUUUGCAAGUCUUCAGUCCAUCAGCCUGGAUCACACUAUUGCCAGGGUUGUGCUUACAAAAAAGGUAUCUGUGCAAUGUGUGGCAAAAAGAUCAUUGAUACUAAGAACUACCGUCAGACCUCUGUUUAACUGAAAAUAUAUUUGUCUUUGAGAUUCUGUUGCUGAUGUCAUUUCAGCCCUAUUCUGCAAUGGGAGAAUGGCAUUCAAAAUUACUGCAUUUUUAAUGGAUAUUUAAUUGUUUAUUACUGAAACAUAUUGUAACAUGUUAAAAUCUUCAGUUUUAAAAAGAAAUGUUUAGUUGGAGAUAAUAGCUGGGGGAGAAUGACAGAUGGCUGAGUGGCAAGUGAUGUUAUACAGUUACUGAUUAGACCAUAUGGUUUUAUACUUAUUGUAACUCUUUGAGGUGAGAAAAGCGCUCUGAUCAGCUAAGUCAGUAAAAUUAACUAUACAUUUGUUACUGUUUUAAACCAUUUUAAAAUUCCAUUGUUUUCUUUAUUAGUAUUGCAACUCUUAACACUUAUUUGCUCCUUAUUCUCCAAUAAACUCAAAAUGGAAACCAAACCUUGAGUGAAAAGGAGAUUGUCUUUGGGAUGUAAAACAUGUUUCUCACAAAGAUGGGAUAAAGGUAAUCGACAUCUGUGCUGUGUAUCAUCAGUCAUAGCACUGAAAAUGAGCAAGCCAUUGGACAAGCUUAGGUACAUUUACUAACAUAAAAUAUCAUUGACCUCAUGCACCUUGUCCAUGUAGUUGUUCAAAUUGCUUUGGACCUCAAAUUAUGACUAGGGAUUGAUAAGCUAACCAAACAGACAUUUUUCAGUCAUGGAUAACUUUUGCUGACAUGACUGAUUAGUGUUGCAAAUAACAAAAAUUGUGCUGAACUUGUAUGGCAAAUAAAAUAUACCUUUGUUCCAAA